GACAACGAACGCCACCGUCCCCAAUCAAAAGGAGCCAAUACCAAUGCCUCUCUAUUUCCCUCUCUCAAACUCUGAAAAAGAUCGAGAAGUCUCUCCAUCUCGACACCAUGUUCCGUUUCGAAACGACGCUGAUUAUCAGAGCCAUGAGAUAUUUGUCAUAGCGCCAUCACAGCCGUCCAUCCUAGUUUCAUUCUCUCUACCCCCCAUCGCAUGGGCGUACCUGCUUCGACCUCUCGCAUCGCCGCUGCAUCUCCGUACCCUCCUUCCUUCGCCCUCCCUGCCGACGAGACAUCUCUGGAGUUCCCGAGAGCGUAUGGUAUUUUCCGGCAGUUCGGCGACCGAGUUCGCCUGCUCCUGAGCCGUCAUGACCCUGUGCGACUCGGAUCGGCGAGUCGGUCCCCGAGUCGAAGCCACCGCGGUGAUGAGAGGGACCUCCUGUAACCGUCGUGCGAUUCAGAUUCAGAGGCUCCCGCAGGCAGCGAUCUCCGCCGUUGGAUCCAUCAAGAUCAAGCUGCUGCUCCUCUGCUGCAUCAUCUUCACGCUCAUUCUACUCGCGAGCCGCGGUGCUUCUUUCAUGGGAUGGACGCAUCACGCUGCUGCUUCGGAUCGAUUCUCUGCUAUGAGGAAUGGGUAUGCAAUUUUGAUUAACACGUGGAAGAGAAAUGAUCUCUUGAAGCAGUCCAUCUCUCACUACGCAUCAUGCGCUGGCCUUGAUUCUAUUCAUAUUGUGUGGAGUGAGCCAGAUCCUCCAUCAGAUUCUCUUACUAAAUUUCUACACCAUGUUAUUCAAUCAAAUGCUAGAGACGGUAGACAAGUUGUAUUGAAAUUUGAUUUCAGUAAGGAAGACAGUCUGAACAAUAGAUUCAAGGAAAUUAAGGAUUUGAAGACAGAUGCCGUCUUUUCUGUCGACGAUGAUGUCAUAUUUCCUUGUUCUACAGUAGAGUUUGCAUUCAGUGUUUGGGAAAGUGCACCAGAUACGAUGGUUGGAUUUGUGCCCCGUGCCCAUUGGGUUGAUCAAUCGAAAGGCCAUAAGCAUUACUACAUCUAUGGGGGAUGGUGGUCUGUUUGGUGGACUGGUACAUACAGCAUGGUACUCUCAAAGGCAGCAUUUUUUCACAAAAAUUAUCUCAGGCUGUACACAAACGAGAUGCCUGCAUCAAUCAGAGAAUAUGUUACAAAGAACAGAAACUGCGAAGAUAUUGCAAUGUCUUUCCUUGUUGCCAAUGCAACUGGUGCUCCACCUAUUUGGGUGAAAGGUAAGAUAUUCGAAAUUGGCUCCACUGGAAUCAGCAGCCUGGGAGGUCACAGCGAGCGAAGAUCCCAAUGUGUAAACAAGUUUGUUGCAGUGUAUGGGCGGAUGCCCUUGGUUUCAACCUCUGUGAAGGCCGUUGAUAGCCGCAGCACAUGGUUGUGGUGAUGCUGGAGAUUUCCUUCAAAUGCUGAUUUAUCACACAUUCUGUGUAGUUAGGUGUACCAAUUUUGCUAAAAUUUGUAUAAUAUUUGUGCAGUUGAACUGCACAACUUGUGAUGUGCAUGCACCCACCAGGUAGAAGCUAAUACCGCUUAGUAGAUUGAUUUUUCCUGUAUUUUCCCUGGAUGUUUUCUUGUAUUCUUAUCAUGUAACUUGAUUAGUUCUAGAAUUACGCAAUGCGCUUCUAAACAAAA